AUUUAUGAAGCCCAAAUGAUAGGUGAAACAAGUCUGCUUAGACCAUUGGAUUACAGAUAGGAUUGUUUGUGCUCCCAGGAAUCAAGGGUCGAAGCAGAAGCAAUCAUCAUUCGAAUUCAUCGAAGACACUGUCUUCAAAAUGACACAAUCGUUGGCAAUGGUUUCUUCUACUGUGUUAUGUCCUAAACUGGGGGCAUGUGCAGUGUCACUGUCCCCCUCUGCAACUCCACACACAAAAAUCCAACGUUUUCAUCUCUCUUCAUGGUUAUCUCCAAUGGGUCGAAGCCUUUUCUCACCUUGGAAUGGUUUAAAGCAUCUGGGUAUCUCAACUAAACCAAAACCUCUUUUUCAUAUAGAUAGAAAGGGUAGGUGUAAGGGUAAGCUGGUUUAUGCUUCUCUCUUUGGAGUUGGAGCCCCUGAAGCCCUGGUUAUUGGGGUCGUUGCUUUACUGGUUUUUGGUCCUAAGGGUCUUGCUGAGGUUGCUCGAAAUCUGGGAAAAACAUUGCGUACAUUUCAACCGACCAUUAGAGAGCUUCAGGAUGUUUCAAGGGAAUUUAAAAGUACACUUGAACGAGAGAUUGGUCUCGAUGACAUUUCAAGUCCAACACAGAACCCAUACAAUUCCAAUUUCCAAAACACCACAUCAACUCCAUCAUCCACUGAUAGUACAAAGAGUUCUCCGAUUGCUGUUGACCCUGGUCAAUUGGUAUCUCACAGGCCCUUACCAAGGUGCUAUUGUUAUGAGGUGGAGGUCCGAUCCCACAUACACCUAUUUCCCACUCCCACUAGUGCAUCCUACAACUGGAGUGGAAAGUGGAAUAAUAAAAGAAGUCAUGCAACUAACGGAUCUAAAUUAUGAAAUUGAAUCUUAAUGAUUUGAUGAAAACUUCCAGAAACUUGAUUGUGAACUCUACUCAAGCUUAUUUAUCAUUCGGAUCCUCCCUUUGUUCAGUAGAUCAGGUGAGGUAUUCACACUGAUUUGAGCUUUAGACUUGAUGGAUUCCCAUGAAUCAUGAUUCAUGAAGUAAGAGCAGUUGUUUUAUACAUAUUGAUGUAUAGGUUGUCUAGGUAGGUUUGAGAUUAUUUCCAACUAAGUAUGUCUUAGGUAGCCAGAAGAUAACAAUCUUUUUUCCUUUGAGAUUAAAGUUAGUAAAUAUAGACAAAGAAGCAAAGUAUGUUUGUAAACUUCUAUUAUUCUGCUGAUAUUAUUUUUGUAUUGUUAGGUCAUUCUCUUUUAUGAACUUGACAUCACUAACAACUAGUUUAGUACUGUCAUUAAAGAACUAUCCCAAAAGUUUAAAAUGUUGAGUAACGAAACAUGAAUGGUAUGGACUCUAGACAACUUGUCAUACGGGCUCUGAUAUCAUGUCAUGAACCAAUUAUCAAAACAACUUAAGUUGUUAGGUGAAGACACAUGAAUGAUUUUAUAUUAUACUUCUAAUGAGGAUCAAAGUCCAAAAUGCUGAGAAAUAGUUCAACUUAAGAUGUAAUAUUCUCAUAUAUAGGUUUAAUUGGUUAGCAAUAAUCCAAGGAGGUGAACUACUACUAGGUACAAGUUACGAGUUACAACGGCAUAGUUCACUUGCUCAGAAAUAGUUCAGAAGUUUCUUUUCUUAAAGGAAAGAAACUGCACACUUUGGUAAUAAAAUCCGAUACAGUUUUUAAAGAAAUUUUACUGUUUGUUUGUCUUGAUAGUUGAUACCUCCCAGAACCGAAUGGAUCAUAAUGAUAUUACAUAAACACAAGAGUUUUCUUUUUCUUCAUAUGCUGUGGCUGAAGACAAGUACUACUAGAUAUCAUGUACACCACUGUUAUCAAAUAUUAAUUACGGCAUUUGAUCACCCGCUUGGUUAAGAAAUGAUAUUUGUUUCUG